GCGAGAAAAAAAAUGCAACCUCCCAAAAUAAAGAGCAAAGAUUGCAUUAGGAGCGAACAGCGCUGCAGAUAUAGAUGGCAGCUUCGUGUCAUUGACUGAAACAAAACAAAACAAAAGGGCCACUGGAUGUCUGCCUUCUUGUGGGGUGAGCCAGACAGACUGACAAACAAACAGACCCAGCUGAGCUCGGGGGAGGGUUUCUCCUCCGGUUUUGCCCGGCAGCAGCAGCAUGGACGUGUUGGCUAGUUAUAGUAUAUUCCAGGAGCUACAACUUGUCCACGACACCGGCUACUUCUCAGCUUUGCCAUCCCUGGAGGAGACCUGGCAGCAGACAUGCCUUGAGUUGGAACGCUACCUCCAGACAGAACCCCGGCGGAUCUCUGAGACCUUUGGUGAGGACUUGGACUGCUUCCUCCACGCUUCUCCUCCCCCGUGCAUUGAGGAGAGCUUCCGGCGCCUAGACCCCCUGCUGCUCCCAGUGGAAGCCACCAUUUGCGAGAAGAGCUCCGCAGUGGACAUUUUGCUCUCUCGGGACAAGUUGCUGUCUGAGACCUGCCUCAGCCUCCAGCCAACCAGCUCUUCUCUAGACAGCUACACAGCCGUCAACCAGGCCCAGCUCAACGCAGUGACCUCAUUAACGCCCCCCUCAUCCCCUGAGCUCAGCCGCCAUCUGGUCAAAACCUCACAGACUCUCUCAGCCGUGGAUGGCACAGUGACGUUGAAACUGGUGGCCAAGAAGGCUUCCCUCAGCUCAGUGAAGGUGGGAGGGGUGGCGGCGGCGGCAGCCGUGACACCAGCUGGAGCAGUUAAGAGUGGACAGAGCGACAGUGAGCAAGGAGGGGGAGGGGCUGACACAUGCCCUGAAAACAAGAAGAGGGUCCAUCGCUGUCAGUUUAACGGGUGCCGGAAAGUUUAUACAAAAAGCUCCCACUUAAAGGCCCACCAGAGGACUCACACAGGUAGUGAGAAGCCUUACAAGUGCUCAUGGGAAGGAUGCGAGUGGCGUUUUGCACGGAGUGAUGAGCUCACUAGGCACUACAGGAAACACACAGGUGCAAAGCCCUUUAAGUGUAACCACUGCGACAGGUGUUUCUCCAGGUCUGACCAUCUUGCGCUCCAUAUGAAGAGACAUAUCUAAACAAAACAAGACAAAAUAAAAACAAACAAACAAAAGUAAACAACAAGAAGAACAAAACACCGCAAAGGCCAGAGUUGCCAUGGCAGCAGCCAAUGUCCGAAGGAAAUGCCGUGAGGCAGAGGGCUGGACUUCAGGCGGGGAGAACUGCCUUGCAGAAGAAAGUUCUCGCUUACAAACCUCUGUGUGCAUACAUGUACACGCACACGUACACACACCCUCUCACACACAGACCCA